CUAAAGCUAUCAUCGCAACACCUCAACUAUUCUUGACUUAUAACCAUUUCGCUAUGAUGAAUCUCAAGCUUAUCGCUCUUUGCCUUGGGUUGCACAUCGCCCAUUCGCUGGGAGGACCGGUCAACGGAGCUUCUGGAACCUCACUCGCAGAUGCUAUCGAAGGUUCUGCUGAGCAAGUUCCUGCAUCUCCAGAGGUCAUAGAUACUACUGAGAAAGAUAGAUGCUAUUAUUGUCAUCCGCAAUGCAAGCACCAUAAAUGCUGCGGUGGUAAACGUUGCACUUAUCAUCAUGGGAGAUGUGGGUGUGAUUGGUAGGGGUUUAAUCUUCAUAUUGAAACCCAUUCUAUCGCUAGUUGGUGGAACUUAAAAAUGUAUUCAGAUUCAGAUGUAAAAUUGUUUAUAUAACAUGUCGCGCUACGUAGCAAGAGAUUUCAUGAGUACUUUGACUUCAAGGCAGAGAAAAUUCUUGCAACCAACAGAUAUUCGUG